AUGGCAACAGUUACGAGAAGCAAAGCCUAUCCCGACGUUAGUAAUACGGAAAAUUGGAAGUACACAACUACUAAUAAUAUCAAAAGAUUUAAUAAUAAGGAUGAUGUGAAACGUUUCAUCUUAGGCACAAGCAAAAUAUGGAAACUGGACAAUGUUAAAAAUGGACAAGCGUUUACUGAUAGCCUUUUGCAAUCAAUUGAUGUGAUGCACGAAAGUAAUACGGCUGGUUUGGAAUAUGUUGACGACAAAGGUGAUGUAUGCUACAUCCUGUUUUUGAUAGAAGUGUCACCUGAUCGAAAAUCAAUGCAGAUUACACACACACAACAUAAGUUAUCGAGAUCUGGAGCUCGUAAGAAUGCAACCGACAAUGUGCAAGUAGAAGAAUGUAACGCGGGACGGUGGCUGAUGCAACGAGCAUACGAUGAAUUACAUUUACCGCAGCAUACAAUGGAAGCGAUGAUGUUCAAUAAUCAUAAUUCUCUUGAACAUCGUACACCAAAAUACAGUUCAGAAGAACGUAGUAUAUCAUUGGAGGGAAUUAAUCAAAUCUUUGAAGCGGCUAGGUCUAAUUUUCAGAGCGAGAAUUAUUGCGAAGCUCACCGAAAAAGAUUUGGAAAAACUUUUUUACGUUCAAUACUGGAAAUUUCAAGUUUCUGUGAGCGUAUUUCUGAAUCGGAUGCAUUUUUGGAACAUUUGGUGGAUCAGAUUCAAAAUGUGCAGCAGCCAAAAGAAUUUUUACAUCACCUUCAAUAUUUAGAUGGAGAGAAGUGGACAUUAGCUAUUAUGGUAAAACCGGAUAGGGCCUAUAUUCGUAUGGUGACUGAAAUGCGACAUGAUACAACGAGAUCACAGAAAUGA